UACCAAGAAAGCGGAACAUAUUAUACUGUAGCGGUCUUUGUCAUCCCGCCAAUCUUGGAAAUUAUAAUUUGUUUUGUUUUGUCAAUCCAAUGACUAUGAUUGAGAACUUUUCAAAGCCUAGAGUAAACACCUCAAUGCUACCGUUGCAUCAAGGGCAACAGGUGUGUUUGCUCGGAAUGGCUAGUAAUGUAGAUAAAAAUGGCACAAGUUUUAAGCUAACUACUGGAGAUGGCAAAGAAUGUACAAUAAAAAUGCAAGAUCCGUUGAGUGAAUAUGUUGCUGGUUUAACCGAGGUACAUGGACGGGUUGAGAAUGGCACUACCGUUGUCUGUGAUAACUACAUUCCGUUUCCUGAAGAAACAUCAGCAUCAUUUGAUUUGGAAAACUACAAUCAAGCGGUUGAUCUGAUGUCACGGUUUCCAGACCACUACAUACAAGGAGUGCAGGAAUAACCAGCAUACAGAGCACUUUAAGUACUUUAAACAUGGACUCUUGACAGAAAUUCAGUGUAAACAUUGACCCCAGUGGAAAUACCAGGACUGCAAACUCGAUAUGCAUCAUUUACAGUUCUCAGAUUCAUUCUUCUCACCAUCAUGGGACUAAAGAUAUGCAAAUCAUGUGCAGCUUCCAUUUUCCAUUAUUGGAAAUUACAUAUUUAAUUAUUCAUAUGUGCGACUAUGAUUCCAAUAUAUAGGUGGCAAUCAUCUAGACUGUUUAAAUUGAAACAAAGUACACUGGCAGAUUUUCAACUAGCUGCAUUGAUCCUGGGAAUAUUGUAAAUAUAUAUUGUGAAUAACAUGCUAAAUGCUAGAAAUAAAAUAAACAUAACUCAGUA